AUGGUAAUCCAAAGAUGUCUGCCUGGCUCAGUCAUUAUCAUUCUUAGUUUUGUGAUUCUAGUAAUGUUGCCCAUCGCUGCAUUGGGGUAUGGAUCAUCUGGUCCAAUAGCAGGUGCAUUCGGCGAAAAUGGGUUCUUUUGUGCUAUUGAUGCUGGUGGAAAGCAAGAAAUCAUAUGUUGGGACAAAGAUGACAACUUUUCGGUUUCAACAUCAACAGCAUAUUUCAGCUCUCUACCAGCAAUGGCCUCUCUCUCUGGUGGCGAGGAGUUUAUUUGCGGAAUCGCAUCUAACAAUUCUCAAGCAUUUUGCUUUAACCUAUCGAAUCCGGGUAAAAAUCUUGUCCCAAAAAGUUUCCAAUACAAUUCUUAUUCACAAAUUGCUUCAGGCAAAUAUCAUGCUUGUGCUAUUAAAGGAUCUUACUUUUCGAGUGUACGGUAUGGAACUGUAGAUUGUUGGGAGUUUAAUCAAACUUCAUUUGAUUCGUUUCACAAUUCUUAUAUUGAUCUUGUUUUCAGAAGGAUUGUUUCUGGUGAUGGGUUUAGUUGUGGGGUUAUCAAGGAAGGUGGUGUGGUUUGUUGGGGACCCAGAUCAGCUCAUAUUGGUGUCCCAGCUGUUUCUGGUGAAUUUGAGAUUUUAGCCUCAGGGAGGGAUUCUGUUUGUGGUGUUUCUAAUGUGUCUAGCGAAGUAGAAUGCUGGGGUGAUUGUAAUGAGUUUGGUGCUCUGCCGGUUGGAAUUCGAUUUGUCAGUUUAUCGGCGGGUGCAAGCCACUUUUGUGGGGUUCGCGAGGAUAAUCAUGAAGUUGAAUGUUGGGGGAAUAUUGAUCUAGCUUCGGUUCCAAAUGGUUCAGGAUUUAUGGCUAUCGCUUCAUCAGAUUAUGCUACUUGUGGGGUUAGAGAAGUUGACUUAGUUCUCGAUUGCUGGGGUGUUCAUGGGAAGUCCGUGCCAGAUUAUAGCCCCCCUUUGCAGUUGUGUAGUCCUGGUAUGUGUUGGCCCAGUUCGUGUGGUCAUGGAAAGUUUGCAUUUAAUGCAAGCCUUCUCAAUGAACCAGAAUUGACUAAUUUAUGUGUCAGGAAGGACUUGAAAAUUUGCUUGCCUUGUGGGACAAAUUGUUCCAAAGGUUAUUUCCCUUCUACUACUUGUAGUGAGAAUGCUGAUAGAAUCUGCACUGCUUGCUCUCUUUGCCAGAACAGCUCCUGCUGGGAUGUUUGCGGACUUCAUUCUUCACCAGGGAUUAAACUGCAGGAGCAAGACAUAAAGAAAUUAGUGAUCAUCAUUGGCUCUUCGGUGUCAGGCUCCAUACUAAUUUUAUUAGUGUGGUGUUGUAUUCCCCGGAUUUUCAAAACGAAAGACGAUGAUAAAAUAAAAUACCAGAGCAGUUUUUGCACAGGCAAGCAAGUGGUGGAGGCCGAGCCUGACCCCAAUCCAGAGCCCCCUCUCUCGAUAAGCAUGUGCAUAGGUGAGACGCAAGUAUUCCGGCUUUCAGAAUUGAAAGAUGCGACACAUGGAUUCAAGGAGUUCAGUGAGCUUGGCAGAGGAAGCUUUGGUUUUGUUUACAAGGCUAUUCUGACAGAUGGUAGGCAAGUAGCUGUCAAGAGGGCUAAUGCUGCCACUAUAAUUCACACAAACAAACGAGAAUUUGAAGCAGAAUUAGAAAUUUUAUGCACUGUAAGGCAUAGUUAUAUUGUGAACUUGUUGGGUUAUUGCGCUGAAAUGGGGGAAAGAUUACUAGUUUAUGAGUAUAUGCCUCAUGGCACACUUCAUGACCAUCUCCAUGGGGAACUCUCUCCUUUGGAUUGGAACUUGAGGUUGAAGUUAUCUUUGCAGGCUGCAAGAGGACUUGAGUACCUUCACAAUGAAGUUACACCACCCGUAGUUCAUCGAGAUGUGAAGACUUCAAAUAUUCUGCUUGACUCCGAGUGGGUAGCAAGAAUUGCAGAUUUUGGGAUUGUAAGUGCUAAUGACAGAGAUCUAAAUGGAGAUAUAGAAGGUGAUGUAUAUAAUUUUGGCAUUGUUCUGCUGGAGAUGUUAAGUGGAAGGAAAGCAUACGAUAGAGAUUGUGAAGCUCCAGGCAUUGUUGAAUGGGCAUUGCCUUUAAUAAGGAGGGGAAAGGCAGCUGCCAUUGUCGAUCGGAAUGUGCCUCUGCCCAGAAAUGUGGAACCACUGCUUAAACUUGCAGAUGUAGCCGAGCUUAUUUUGAGAGAAAAUCCCAGGGAGCGUCCCAGCAUGUGUUAUGUGGGAAAUUUGUUGGAUCAGAUUGUGAAAAUUGGAUUGAUAUUCUAA